UUGUUGCUUUUCAGUUUUCAUCUGCUAAAAAAAAUGGAGAGGAACUGGACAAUUUUUGUUGUACUCUGUUUUAUUUGAAAUUGGUUAUGAGACUGGACAAAUUAGACAAUAAGGGACAUGAUAAAAAUAAAAUUUUUUUGUCCCUCACUGAAUCACAAGAUAACUUUUUGUCCACAAUACAACUAUAAAAAAUAAAAAAAUACCCAUUUUAUUUUCGAAUAUAAAAAUAUUAUCGUCUUAUAUCUCUCCGAUACAGUUUUGUCAUGUCAUUUAUAAAACCAGUAUUUCUAAGCUACUAGCCUACUAUACUGUUUUUUAAAAUUUUUUAUUAAGAAUGUUUUCGUGUGCACUGACGUUUGCUGCAGAUAUUUCUUUCUUUCUCGUAUCUUCUGUGUUGUUGACACAUUUUUAUCAUGUUUUUGGGUGUUGGGUUGAGCUAACUUGGGCUUUUACAAUUUUUAAUAGCCCAUAACACUAACACCUCCCCCUAAUAAUCCAUAGACCUCUUCUUUUCAUGCUCCCCGAGUCUUGCACGCGCCCCUGGCCUUCUAAUUCUACCCCUUGCAACGUAGGAUGCAAAUGUGUAUAUAGCAAAAACUAGGGAAAAAAUUAGUUUGCAUCCUAGAAUGCAAAAAUGUGAACCUUAUAAAAUGGGGACGAAGAAAGAGUGAGAGAUACAAAAAUUGAAAAAUAUUAGAUUUUAUAAGGUUCACAUUGCGCCCCCUGAAUUUGUUACUUAAGUAGCGACCAUUUUUGAAAGUUCUAAGGGCGAACAAGAACAUCUAGGGGGCGCGAAAAGAAGAAGUAAUUAAUCAAGAUCACUUAAUAAAGUACAAUAUAUUUUUUCCCCGGUUAAGUAGCCUAUAGUGGUAAGAAAUUCUACAUUAAAGAUGAAUAAGUGGAGUGUUUUUAAAGUUUGAACCCCAGCUCAUGCAUGUGUAUAAUGCAACGAUCCUACCAACUUAGUUAACUUUAUUGGUACAAUAGUCUUGCAAUAUUAAUCAAAGAGGUAAUAGAUAUUACUGAAUUUUUUUGUAAUUCGUUAUUCCGGUUGAAAGUGUAUAUAUGUUGCGGUUAAUAAUUCUGACAUAAACAAAAGACAAAAACAUUGGUACUGUAGUGUUACUGUACUUUAUGUAAUAGUCAAAACUCUCAAACGCGUAGGCAUAGAAGUAGUAGUAGAUCUCUCUUUUCCUUUUUGUUUUUGAGGAAACUUAAUCACCAAGUUUAGCCAAAUAGCUCCACAAUUCUGUUAAAUAAGAAACUGAAAACUCAUUUCACACUCUGCAACUUUUUUCAAUUUUUGGUACAAACAAUCAAAACAAUUAACAAUCACUUAGUUAAGUAAUUGAGUGUUGAGAAAUGAGCUUCUUGAGGCCAUCUGCUAUGUACAAUUUUGUGUUUACUUAUCCUUCAUCACGAUGGAUGCCAUGUCAAAGUUGGGGAUUCCUUCGAUGGCCGGGUCUUGAAGGCUUCUUUAGGCUUUUGGUGGUUUUUCUUCUUUGGUCUACCUUUUCUCAGCUAUGCUACAUACCUUCUUCUUCUAUGUACCCUACCCUUCGUGUUGGCGAUCGAAUUAUUGUCGAAAAGGCUUCAUAUUACAUCUGGAAUCCUGCUAUACAUGAUAUUGUGACAUUUCGGGAUCCAACGCAGCAUUGUGAAGACAACACAGAUGUGAUUUUUAUUAAAAGAGUUGUUGCAAAAGAAGGCGACACUGUUGAGGUUCAUCAUGGAGGACUCUAUGUCAAUGGUGUCGCUCAAGAGGAGGAUUUCGUGGUAGAGCCACCGACAUACACAACCGAAUUAACUUAUGUUCCACAAGGCCAUGUUUAUGUGUUGGGUGAUAAUCGCAACAAUAGCUAUGAUUCUCAUGUAUGGGGACCACUUCCUAUGAAAAACAUAGUUGGACGAUACGCCAUGCGCUGUCUCAGACCAGUAAAUUGACACUAUGUGGUGGAGGAACUAAACCAGAGUUCUUUUUUCUUUGAUUUCCAUGAAGAGUUCCAUCUUCCAUGUUCUAGCUCGCUAUUCGGUAAUGAAUAGCAUAUCAUAUGCUAACUCUUCAUGGUAAAUGGAUUCUCACAUGCUUACUCAUAGUGAUUACUGAGGCUUCCCUCUCUCAGUAAGAGUAUGCAACGACGUAAAGACGAAAAAAAUAGCAUGUCUUUUUGAAUGGUUUAUUGUAGUUUGAAGCAUGUCAUUUGCAUAUCAUGGGAAUAUGAAUCUUUGUUUUUAUUUGAUAUAUCUAUCUUGUUUAACCUAAGGUCAAAGAAAGUUGUGAAAGACAAAUGUGUCCCUCCUUUUUCCUUGUAAGAAUUUUGCUAUAGAAAAUAAGUUGAUUGUGAAAAGUAGGAAUGGAUGGUGUUGUUUUUUUUCUUAUAUCAGGGAGGUUACCUCUAGAGUCUAUGUCUAGCCUACUUGAGAAUAUGGAUGAAUGGUUGAAUUAACCAUAACUUUAUCAAAUUAUAUACUAUACAUAUAAGUAUAUUAUAUAUGGA